AUGGGGCGCGGCGUGCGGGAGACGCGCCGCGUGACCGCGGCGCUCCGUCGAUGGUCCCUCGGCGGGGAUCUCGGCGCGUGGCCGGCGCGUGGGCCGGGCGCAUCCCGCGCCCUCGCGACCCUGCAGGGUUCCCGCGCCGCGCGACAGGUCGUCGACCGCGGGAGUGGGCACGAGAUUGUUAGGGAUCCGGCGAGUUGGCGUCGGCCGGGGCGUCGCGCGUCCUGGGAGCCGUGGCGCGCUCCGUUCCCGCGCGCCGCCGCUACGCUCGCGCCCGAAACCUCCGCGGACGGCGACGACGCGGGCGAGGAGAUCCCGAGGCUCCCCCGGCUGAAGCGCCUGAAGGUUGGGGAACUUCGCGAUUUGCUCGCGCGCCACGGGUUGGACGAGUCAGGCAUCAGGGACGUCCUCAUCGACAGGCUGGACCGGCACCGCGACGGCGCGGAUCAGCAUCAGCAGAAGCAGAAACAACGCUCAUCGGUUGAAGCUUUUUUUUCGUUCUUUCUCGAUGCGCCGCCGCCACCCACGCCCGAGCCCGAGCCCGGUUUGAACCACGGCGCGCCGGGCCCCAAGGAGCGCAUCCUUCGUCCCGACGAACACGGGAUCGACCCGGACCUCAUACCCAAGCACGUGAGGAACAUCGCGCGGCGGCUCCGAGCUCCGAUGAAAUCGUCGAAAAAACCUCGUGGAAGACGACGUUGGGACGACGAGACGGACGACGACGACGACGACGGCGGUGACUCACCACCCGAACAAAUCGAUGUCGAACGGGUUCCGUCGCGAACGCUCGUGGUCGGCGGCGCGGUUCGAGACUUGCUCAUGGGCAAGACCCCGCGUGACUUCGACCUCAUCACGGACGCCACGUGGAGGCAGAUCAAGCGACGGAUGGGCCACCGCGCCAUCAUCGUGGGCAGGAGGUUCAGGGUGGCGCACGUGUACUCCGCGGACCCGAACGAUCCGAGGGCGGACAUGUGCGAGCUCGUCGCCAUGCAGGAGCACGAUCGCGUGGAUCGCGCCAAACGCGAACAAGGACAAGGUUCGGCGCCAAAGAAAGGGACCAAUCGCCGGACGAAAGCAGGGCGCGGGCACGACGUGAGGCACAACAACGUGAGGCACAACAACAACAACAAAGACGACGACGACGACGACCUCGACGACCUCCUCUACGGCGACUCCGACGCGGAAACCGCCGCGAAAGCCACCGACGGCGCGCACGAGCGAUGGCUUCGCAGGCUGCGGGUCAACGCGCGCGGCCGAUGUUUCACCGUCAACGCCAUGAUGUACGACGUGGAGACCGGGGUGUUGUACGAUUUCGCCGGCGGGUUGGACGACGUCGACGCUAAACGAGUCCGCACCGUCCGUCGACCGGACGAGUCGUUCGCGGAUGAUCCCACGCGCAUGCUCCGCGCCGUCCGCGUCGCCGCGAGGCACGGCUUGGCGCCCACGCGAGAGAUCUUAGCGUCGAUGCGAGCGCACGCGCCGUCGAUUCGAACCGUGCCGCCCAUGCGCGUCGCCGGGGAGGUCAAGACGCUGCUGUCCGGCGGGUACGCGGCGACGAGCGUGAGGAUGUUGUGGGAGACGGGUCUGUUGGAACACGUGGCGCCCGCGCACGCGCAGUACCUGGCCAAGUCGGUCAAUCCCGACAGCACGUUCGUCGCCAGGACGCUCGCGUCCGGGCCGCUCGACGCGACGCGGGGGGACGCGAUGGACGAGGACGGCGUCGAAGGCGACGGGACGCCGCGGCCGUGGGAGCGCCGGCGGUCGCACGGGGGCGCCGCGGGGGGUGGUGCUGACGUGGGAGGGACGGGGGGCGACGGACGGCACAGGCGCGCGUCCAAACGCGUGAGCGACGCGACGACGCGACGGCUCUUCGACCGCGACCCCCUCUUCGCCUUGUUGAGAGCCCUCGACGCGUUUGCCACCCCGAGCUCGCCCGUGUGCGAGGAGCUCGUGUUUGCCGCUUUGGCGAUCCCGCUGGCCAUUCGGGCCGUCGGGUGGCCGCGCUUACCCGAACGCGUUCCCGAGUCGUUGAAACACGCGGCGGGGGGCAGCAGGCGCCUGCAUCUGGCGGGACACAGCUGGCGCCGGCUGGACGCUGAGCUGGCGAGGUACGACGCGUGGUGGCGAUCGUUGCCACCUUCCGAACGCGCGACUUCGUCGGACGCUGAGCUAGCGAGGUACGACGCGUGGUGGCGAUCGUUGCCCUCUUCCGAACGCGCGUCUUCGUCGGACGCUGAGCUGGCGGCGCUGCUGAAAAUGGAGGAGCAGAUAAGGGAGGACCUGAUCAGGCAGGACAUGUUCUCGCUGUCGUGGGAGGAACGGAUGGAGAUGUCGCGCAAGUUCGACAGGAGCGACGCGUGCAAGCCUCGGACGGUGACGAGGCCCUCUUCGUCGGCGAAGAAGACGACGCCUUUGAACGAAACGGCGUACGACGCUUGGGUCCCGGACUGGUGCUUCUGGAGCGCCGCCGCCGCGAGCGCGCAGCUUGCUCUGCGCGAUUACUCGCCGUCAACGCGCGGCGUGCUCUUCGACUCGUUCGCGUUGACGCACCUCCCGGCGCUGACGACGCAAAGAGGGGCGACGGACAAAGACGCGCGGCGGCGACGAGGGAGGGAACGCUCCAACGACGAAAACGUCGUGAUCGAGCUGAGCGACGACGACUUCAGGAAGACGCUGCCCCCACCGUUGGCGAGACUGGCGCGACGUUUGGCCGAGCCGGCGCGAAAGGCCAAGGCCAAGUCCCGGGACGGGUCCGGGUCCGGCGUCACGCUCGAGUGUUCGAUCGACGUCCGCGACGCCUUGCGCUUUCUUCGCGUGGUGCUCGAGGCUAGGCGGAUGUGCCGGGGCACGGAGGAGGAGUUCGACGAGGGGAGGUACGACGGACCGGACGCCGUCGUCGACGAGGACGAGCCGCUCUGA